AAGACAAAACCUGAGAUGUUACAAUGUGAAGGUUUUAAUUUCAGAACAUUUCGAUGGUUACAAAUGAUGAUCUUCACCAUUGAAAAAAUAAACAAAGAUCAAACACUACUUCCAAAUAUACGGUUAGGCUACAGCAUUUAUGAUAACUGUCGUAAAGUACCACAGGCUGUCAGAGCAGCAGUUACACUUCUUAAUGGAAUGGACAAUAUUUCCAAGAAUUAUAAAUGUACAGGAUCAUCUCCCAUAUCUGCAAUUGUUGGUGAUGCUCGAUCAACACAAUCCAUUAUUACUGGAAGAAUUACAGGGCAAUUCAGAAUUCCCAUGGUCAGCUACUCUUCUUCAUGCUCAUGUCUUAGCAACAAAUUGGAGUUUCCCACCUUUUUCAGGACAAUACCUAGUGAUAGCUUUCAAGCCAAAGCUAUGGCCCAACUUGUGAAGCAUUUUGGAUGGACUUGGGUUGGGUCUAUUGCAACUCAAGAUGAUUAUGGCCAAUAUUUAGUUCAGUUAUUUAAUGAACAGCUUCAAAAUGAUGGUGUUUGUCUUGCUUUUACAGAAGUAAUUCCAAAAAUUCCAUCUAGACAAAAGAUACUUCAAAUUGUAGACACCAUCAAAAGAUCCACAGCCAAGGUUAUUGUCUUGUUUGCUGGUGUUGGGGAUAUUAUUUAUUUAGCCAAUGAAGUGGUGCAUCAGAAUAUUACCGAUAAGCAGUGGAUAGCAAGUGAAACUUGGAGCACUGCAACACUGCUAGCCACAAAAACAAACUUUAGAUCCUUUGGUGGAACAAUAGGAUUUGCUUUCCGUAAAGCAGAAAUUCCACAGUUCAAAGAAUUUCUUCUAAAGGUGCGUCCAUCUUUAACCCCUGGUAAUUCUCUGGUAAAUAGAUUCUGGGAAAGGCUAUUUGGAUGUACAUUUAAUUUACCAGAUAACACUACUAGACACAGUGCAGCCAUAAGUUCAGAAUCAAUUUGUACAGGGCAAGAAGACAUAGAGGAAAUGGACAAUAUAUAUAGUGAUGUGUCACAAUUGAGAGUUUCAUAUAAUGUCUACAAAGCAGUGUAUGCAAUAGCUCAUGCACUUCAUAAUUUGGAAACUUGUGAACCUGACAAAGGACCAUUUCUGAAUAAAACCUGCGCAAAUAUUUCACACUUUGAGCCAUGGCAACUUCUCCAUUAUCUAAAAGGAGUUAACUUUACAAAUGAUUUUGGUGAAAAAGUAUACUUUGAUGAAAAUGGUGAUCCUAUUGCAUCGUAUGAUAUAAUGAAUUGGCAAAAGGACACAGAUGGUUCCAUUAAAAUUGUUACUGUUGGCCUUUUUGAUGCAUCGGCAACUUCUGGGCAACAGCUUUUAAUUGAAGAAAACAGUAUUAUUUUUAGUGAUGGGACAACAAAGAUUCCAAGAUCUAUAUGCAGUGAAAAUUGCCCACCUGGUACAAGGAAAGCAGCACGAAAAGGACAACCAGUGUGUUGCUUUGACUGUUUACGAUGUGCUGAGGGCAAAAUCAGCAAUCAGACAGAUUCCAUACACUGUUUCACAUGUCCCACAGAUUAUUGGUCAAAUCAAGAACAUGAUCAAUGUAUACUGAAGGAAAUAGAAUUUCUGUCAUUUGAAGACACGCUGGGCAUUAUUUUAACGACCAUUGCUUUACUUGGAACUGGCAUAACCAUUGUAAUCUUAGUUAUUUUUGUCCGUUAUCGAAAUACUCCUGUUGUAAGAGCUAAUAAUGUAGAAUUGAGUUUUCUUUUGUUAAUUUCAUUAGUUCUGUGCUUUUUGUGCUCACUGACUUUUAUUGGCCAACCAACCACCUUGUCCUGUAUAUUACGACACACAGUGUUUGGAAUUAGCUUUGCCAUGUGUGUUUCCUGCAUUCUUGGAAAAACAAUUGUUGUGCUAAUGGCAUUUAGUGCUACACUUCCCAACAAUAACAUGAUGAAAUACUUUGGGCCUCCACAGCAAAGAGCCAGUGUUUUUGCAUGUACUUUUCUUCAAAUAAUAAUAUGCAUUUUAUGGCUUGCUAUCUCACCUCCAGUUCCAGUAAAGAAUAUCAAUUAUCAAAAUGCAAAGAUAAUACUUGAAUGUAAUGUUGGCUCUGCGACUGCAUUCUGGUGUAUGUUGGGAUAUAUUGGCUUGCUGGCAGGUACUUCAGUCAUAUUGGCAUUUUUGGCGCGAAAACUACCAGACAACUUUAAUGAAGCCAAGUUCAUCACUUUUAGUAUGUUAACCUUUUCUGCAGUUUGGGUGACUUUCAUUCCAGCUUACAUUAGCUCACCUGGAAAAUAUACAGUAGCUGUUGAAAUAUUUGCAAUUUUAUCUUCCAGCUUUGGUCUGGCAGCCUGUAAUUUUAUUCCUAAAUGCUACAUUAUUUUGAUAAAACCAGAUCAAAACACAAAAAAACAUCUGAUGGGGAGAGCAUGUGCAGACGGUAAAUAAAUUAUGCAAACAAUAAAUCAAUUGUUAAAUGCUAA